UACCCCACCCCGCCUUUGCUGGUGUCCCCGACUCCCUUUCACUUUUGUUGCCCCGCCCGCAUCAGGGCAGGCGCGCUCCAGCCAGUCCGUCAGCUCGCCCGUCAGCCCCCUCCCCUCUUAGGCUGACUGACUGGAAGUGGCGUACGUGCAGAGCGGAGCUACUGAGUGGCGGCGCAAACUCCUCCCCGCUCAGCUCAGGCAACAGCAAGAGAGCGAGACAUAGAGGGACUAGCGCCGGCAGACGGCGGAGACGGGAAACCUCUCUCUCUCUCAGGCUUAGGGGAAUAAAAGAAAGUCUCGGCGGGAGAGCUUACCCUUCUGCCCGCCACCGAGACUGCUAUGAGGCAGCGUCAGAAUUGAGCCUUCGAGGCGGAGGGCAAGAGAGCGGCGGCAGUAGCAGCGGCGGCGGCAUUAGGCUUUCGUGGCUGUCCUCCGCCCACCAGGAGACGAGUGGGAGGCGGGCGACGCAGCGGGGGCCGCGGCAUAGCACUGACUUGGGGCGGCCAUGAUGAAGUGAGACAUCGCCUCCUCUCCUUUCUAAGGCCGCGGAGAAACGGGCGACCGAGGAGGGGGACGCAACAACAUGGCCAAUGACAGCGGUGGGAGUGGCGGCAACGGCAACAGCAGCGGUGGGGCCGGCCAAGGUGGUGGUAGUGGAGGAGGCGGCGGUAACGGUGGUGGCAGCAGCAGCGCCAGCAGCGAGCGGGACCGGCAAUACUGCGAACUGUGCGGGAAGAUGGAAAACCUGCUGCGUUGCGGGCGCUGCCGCAGCUCCUUCUACUGUAGCAAAGAGCAUCAGCGCCAGGACUGGAAGAAGCAUAAGCUGAUCUGCCGGGGAAGCGACAGUGCCGUCGCGGCGACGGGAGGGGGCGUUCCUGAGCACCGAAGUGGCGGCAGCGACCGUCACCAGGGCCACAGCCACGGCCGCCACCACGCCGCAGGAGGAGGGGAAAGCGAGAAAGGAGCAGCAGCAUCAACCAAGAAGGUAACGGCACUGCCAGCCAAGUCGCAGUCGGACACUUCCUCGGAAGAGAACGCACCAGCAGUGGUGGUAACGAAUAACCACGUUGCCAAAGUGGCGCCAGAGGCCCAAGGGCAGGAAGAGGAGGACAAGGAAGCGGUGGUGGCUGGAGCGGCUCUAGCCGGGGAGGCGGGACUCCUCUACCGGGAUAAAUCCAACUUGACUGGAGAGGCGUCUCUGCGCCCUAACGGGCAGAUGAAGUCGCUGGUGCCUCAGCGCCUGGCGCUGGAGUACAUCGUGCCCUGCAUGAACAAGCACGGCAUCUGCGUAGUAGACGAGUUCCUUGGGAAGGAGCUGGGCGGGCAGAUCGAGCAGGAGGUGCGUGCGCUGCACCACACUGGGCGCUUCACCGACGGGCAGCUCGUCAGCCAGAAGAGUGACUCCUCCAGGGACAUCCGUGGCGACAAAAUCACGUGGGUGGAAGGCAAGGAGCCCGGCUGCAAGACCAUCGGGAAGCUCAUGAACAGUAUGGACGAUCUCAUUCGUCAUUGCAAUGGAAAGCUGGGCAACUACAAAAUCAAUGGCAGGACGAAAGCAAUGGUAGCUUGUUAUCCAGGCAAUGGAACAGGAUAUGUGCGUCAUGUUGAUAAUCCAAAUGGAGAUGGAAGAUGUGUCACAUGUAUAUAUUACCUUAAUAAAGACUGGGAUGCCAAGGUAAGUGGAGGUAUUCUUCGAAUAUUUCCUGAAGGCAAAGCCCAGUUUGCUGACAUUGAACCUAAGUUUGAUAGACUGCUGUUUUUCUGGUCUGACCGCCGCAACCCUCAUGAAGUGCAGCCUGCAUUCGCUACAAGGUACGCAAUAACAGUGUGGUAUUUUGAUGCAGAUGAAAGAGCCCGUGCUAAAGUAAAAUACUUAACAGGUGAAAAAGGUGUGAGGGUCGAACUUAACAAGCCUUCUGAUUCAAAUGAGAAAGACCUUUUAUAAAGCCUUAGAUCUAGCAAUUCCCUGUGCUAUGUCCUGGACCUUCUCCCCACUCCCUCCCCAACAGUCCUUGGCGCUGUCUAUUAACUUUUGAAUGUGAAUAAUGAGAAAAAGGAAAAUCAAUGCCAAAUCAGCGUUUGGAAUAAACAAAUAAAUAAUGGGUUUCAGUGCUUCAUCAAAUGGAUUUCUGGUUGCUUAUGCAUUGUUUCACUUGAUCCUGUUGACUGCUUAUGGGAAGAUAAGCAUUGAGAAGAAACAGCUUACACAUGAAGUGCCCUACAUAGAAGUUUUCCAUCCAUAUUUUGCCAUUCAAUCAUCCAGCUCAAUGCUAUUUAUCAUCUCCUUUUUUUUAAAAAAAGUGGUGAAAUUUAAAAUCAUUUUUGUAUAACCAGGUACAGCUGAUCAAAAAUUGAACAAAACAAACAUUCUCCACAACAGCAUUCAUCUAGUUUUGUAAAUCUACUGUUCACACUGUUCUACCAUGUAAAACCUAAUUUAAAUAAGAAUUGCCAGUAACUGAUGAUCACACUUUACACUUAAAGUCCGAAAAGGAGCACUUUAAUUACCAUUUAAGAACCCAAUUGUUUUAUUUUCAUAUCUUACACUAAUUUGAAUUUUUAAAAGAUUGCUGCUGUAUUGUGUUUGUGUUUUCUCUACUUUAAAAAAAAAACUGAAACAGAUGCCUAUCUUGCUGUCAAUUACUUUCUUAAAUUUGUGGUUUUAUAUGUUGUAUCCAGAGAGCAAGCAUUCUGUAUCUGUGUCAUUUGGGUUUUCUAAGUGACUGGCUGGCACUAAGUGAACUUGAUGUUAUCCGUACUGUCCUUUGGUGUUGAGAACUGUGGGUGCAGUCCACUGGGAACUUCACCAAUGAAAGCCAUUUGAUGUGAAUGAAAAUCAUUCAAGAACAGGGCAGCUUGUGCAGAUGAAGUGCCGGGUGGACACUGCCCAUAAGUAUCAUCAGAUCCCUAUAAUAUAAGGGCUUUCUUGGGCUUUUAGAUAUACCAACAUCCUUUCUACUACCUUAAUGGGAGAUCUCAAUCUUAACUCAUUUUCAAAAGCUUAGCUUUCUACUACCAUAAGUAAGGUAAAGAAACUUAAAAUCAGAUAUGAUGAUUCCUCCCGAAGCAUUAGUAUCCCUUCUCAUUUGUAGUUGGGCCCCUUGAUCCCUUCUUACACUAUCAAGGGCAUAUUUAAUGCAUUAAGACUGAAGUGCAUCACUGCAGGCUUAAUAUGUAAAGAUUUUCCUACUGCUGAAAAUUGUUUCUUCUAAUAAAAGCAUUGGCCUGUGAUCAAUAUGAAGAUGUUUUUGGCAAAGAAAAGAAAUUACUUUAAGUGAGGAAGCAAUAGAGAAUAAAGUUCAUUCAACCAGAUAUUUUGAAAUGUAUUUUUUAAGGGAUUGGUGUAUGCUCAAAAGUAAUCCCCUGAAGGGAAGCUUCUACAUUCUGCCAGCCUUACAAACAUGAGCCUCCCCACCUAAAUAUUCCAUCAUCUGUCCCUUGAUUCUCUCACUUAACCAAAAUAAUGUGAGUGUACAGAAAUAUUUCUGUAUGUACAACUUUGACAAUUUUAGCAUCUGUAUAGUUUGUACUCUUAUUAGAGACCUUUUCUAUGGAAAGCUUAGUAAUUUUUAUUAAAAAAAGCUUACUAUUCAUGUAAAACAUGAAAAAAAGGAUUGUGUUAAGUAACAACUGACAAAAUGGGGAAAUUCAGUACUGUAAUAGCAUACUAGGGGAACUUCUGGCAAAAGUCUUUGGUUUUUUUCUUUCCCCCACCCCCUUUCAAAUGAUUAGCUGUCAAAACAGUUUGGUUCUUCUCUUCAUCCUGGUAAGUCAGAAGAAAAUCUGUCUAUUGUAAGUGCCUCUGCAAGCCUGACCAAGGAGUGCAAAUCUUCUUUAGUGUCUGGUCAGCAGUGCAAUGCACUGUUAGGCCUAAGAAACACCAUUUCUAACUUUUAACUGCUUUUGUAUUACAUUUAAUGUGUUAAACAUGCACAAUUUAAGCCUUUACAUUCUUGUUUGUCCCUCUGUUCAAAGUAUCAUUGUCUUACAUUUGUGCUUGCUGGGGAGAUUUAAAAUAUGCUUAAAUCUCUCAAUUUGUUACUUUACAAAUGGUCACCAAACUGGGUUUUCUAAUGUCCAUUUAGAAAAUGUGUCAGUUAAAAUCUUCCGCCUUGGGCGUCACCAAGCAGGAACCUGUUUCAGACUAUUUUUAAACUGUCUUAUGGCCUGUAUAUGUGUUUAAUCCUGGUUAAAGAUAAAGCUUCAUAAUGCUAUUUUUAUUUCAUGACAUUAUCCAGCUGUAAAACACAAGACUUUUAUCUAGCAGACAAAGAAAUUCAGAAUUCAUUUGCAGAUUUCCUAUAAAGUCAUGUAACGUUUGAAAAGCAGUGUUCAUUACUGAAAGAGCUUUCAAGUUGCUUGUAAAGCUAAUCUAAUUAAAAAUGUAUAAAGGUU